UUCCGAGAAAACGUGGCAGAACACCAUCGUACGGGUUUUUUUCUUUUUUUCUGCUGAAUCAGCGGGCUAUCAUCAGAUCCUGCAAACCCAGACCAUUGGAUCUCACAAUUUCUACAAACUACAAAAGAAAUAUCCAACAACUCAACAACAUCAAAAUGAAGUCUGCCAUUGCUUUCCUUGCCCUCGUUGCUGGUUCCGCCACUGCUUUCACACCAGAGACUCUCCCUGGUGCUCUUGCCCCCAUGGGAUUCUUUGAUCCUCUUGGAUUUGCUGCCAAGGCUGAUGUCAACACCCUCAAGAGGUACCGUGAAGCAGAGCUCACUCAUGGCCGUGUUGCCAUGCUUGCCACUGUCGGAUUCCUUGUUGGAGAAAAGGUUGAAGGGACCUCUUUCCUCUGGGAUGCCUCUGUGACUGGACCUGCUAUUACCCACCUUGAACAGGUACCUCCCCUCUUCUGGGCCUUGUUGGUUACUGGAAUUGGUGCUGCUGAACAACAGCGAGCUGAAAUUGGCUGGGUCGAUCCUGCUGAUGUCCCUGUUGACCAACCUGGUCUUCUCCGUGAUGACUACACCCCUGGUGACAUUGGAUUUGACCCCCUUGGUUUGAAGCCAACUGAUCCAGAAGAGUAUUUGAUCAUGCAGACCAAGGAAUUGCAGAAUGGACGCUUGGCUAUGCUUGCUGCAGCUGGAUUCAUGGCCCAGGAGUUGGCUGAUGGAAAGGGAAUUCUUGAGCACCUUGGAUACUGAUUUGGGAUUGAAACAAGAUAGAUGUAAUCUGUGACAAGAAAUAUUUAAUUAAAAAGAGAUGUGAUGAUGCUGAUGCUUUGAAAUCCAGGAUCACCGUGUAGUUAACCUUUGAAAAGCUCACUAAGAAGGGGCAAAAUUCUACUGAGGACAGCACAUUUGUAGUGAGGACAGCACAGUUGUAGUUUGAUACAGCGAUGUCUUCUUCUCUUUGGUGUUAUGUUUGAACUUUGAUGUCUCAACUGUGCUACAAUGGGAGCAGCGAGAUUAACUCUAUACAAUCAUCAUUACUCAGUACC